AUGACUGACCUUCGAGUAAAUAAACCAAAGUUUUUUACCACAGCAAAAAAAGGUGAAAACUAUGAGCUUCGAGCUGAUCUUAACAGUGAAUAUCGAGAUCGUCGUAAAGAUGCAAUUAAAAAAGUGAUUGCUAAUAUGACAGUUGGAAAAGAUGUUUCGGGAUUAUUUCCUGAAGUUUUAAAAAAUAUGCAAACAGAAGAUUUAGAACAAAAGAAACUGGUAUAUUUAUAUUUGAUGAAUUAUGCAAAGACUCAACCUGAGUUGGUUAUUUUGGCUGUAAAUACUUUUGUAAAGGACACGGAUGAUAGUAAUCCAUUAAUUCGUGCACUGGCUAUUAGAACCAUGGGAUGUAUUCGAGUAGAAAAAAUUAUUGAUUAUCUUUGUGAGCCAUUGAGGAAAUGUUUAAAGGAUGAUGAUCCUUAUGUUAGAAAAACUGCUUCGAUUUGUGUUGCUAAAUUAUAUGAUUUAAACCCCGAGUUAGCUAUUGAAAAUGGGUUUGUUUCCUUGCUACAAGACAUGGUUUCAGAUUCAAAUCCAAUGGUAAAGAUGGAUAAUGAUGUUGUAGCUAAUGCUAUAACUGCACUUGCUGAAAUAAAUGAGGCAUCAACUACAAAAGAUUUAUUUAUUAUUAACACAUCAACACUUACAAAAUUAUUAGCAGCAUUAAACGUGUGUACAGAAUGGGGCAGGAUUGCUAUAUUAACAGCAUUAGCAGAUUUUAAACCAGCUGAUAGUAAAGAAGCUGAACAUAUAGUUGAACGUGUUAUUCCACAAUUCCAGCAUGCUAAUGCAAGUGUAGUAUUAUCAGCAAUUAAGAUGGCACCACCUUUAGUCACAUUGUUAUCCUCGGCCCCAGAAGUGCAAUAUGUUGCAUUAAGAAAUAUAAACCUUAUUUUACAAAAACAACAUGACAUUUUACAAAAUGAAAUUAGAGUUUUCUUUUGUAAAUAUAAUGAUCCACCUUACAUAAAAUUGGAAAAAUUGGAAAUUAUGAUAAAAUUAGCUAGUGAAAAAAAUGUAGACCAAUUAUUAUCUGAACUAAAAGAAUAUGCUUCUGAAGUUGAUGUUGAUAUUGUGAGAAAAUCUGUUAGAGUUAUUGGACAGUGCGCAAUUAAAAUUGAUGAGACGUCUGAAAGAUGUGUUAAUGUUUUAUUAGAUUUGAUAAAUACAAGAGUGAAUUAUGUGGUUCAGGAAGCAAUAGUAGUUAUUAAAGAUAUAUUCCGGAAAUAUCCUCACAAAUAUGAGGGAAUCAUUCCAACACUAUGUGAAAAUUUAGAUGCAUUAGACGAACCAGAAGCAAAGGCUUCGCUUAUUUGGAUCAUCGGAGAAUAUGCUGAAAAAAUAGAAAAUGCCCAUGAUUUAAUUCUUACGUUUUUGGAUACUUUUCGCGAUGAAAGUUCCCAGGUACAAUUACAACUAGUUACUGCAACAAUUAAAUUAUUUCUAAAAAAACCACAAACUACUCCAGAUACAUCUGUAGUUUUAUCUGAUAAACCACCAAUAUCAGUACAAAGUAAUUCAAUGUCAGGGCCUCUUUUGGAGGAAUUAAUUAAUAAUAUUUCUACAUUGGCAAGUGUAUAUCAUAAACCCCCAGAAACAUUUAUUGGAAAAGGUAGAUUUGGAGCUGAUGCUGUUCAAAAGAAAGCCAUUGAGGAACAAGAAGAAGCUUCAAAUGAAUCAUCUAUUCGAAUGCAAGUUAAAACUAACGUUGAAAAUUUGUUGGAUCUUGAUUAUGAUGAUAGUUUAUUUGGAGAUGAUACCUCAUCUACAAGCCAAUCAACAACGUCAAAUCCAAACAAUAAUAGUAAUAUAUCAAAUGAUUUGAACAGAAGUUUACAACAACAAUUGAAUGAAAAGAAUAGAGAAAUAAGUGACUUGAAAAAUGAGGUCAAAAAAGAAAAAGGCAAUACAAAAACCGAUCAUGAAAUUUAUCAAAAACCAAUCAAAGCACAAAAGAAAGAAAUCUAA